AUGGCAACCGAUACUUACGGUCAUCGGCUAAUGUACUCCGAGAAGGAUAUAUUUUCGUCUGACGUCAUGCUGGAGUAUUCGACGGAGGAAUGUUAUCUGAAUUGGCCGAGGUCGCCCGAUUCGGGACGGUCCAGCUUGGAGCCGACCCCGUCGCUGGACGGGAGCCACGAGUCUUCCCACAUCGCGUACAGAGGAUUGCCAAACGACAUUCUAGAAGAUUCUGAGGACGUGGACAUGGAAGGAUCUGGCAAACGUCGGGGCAGAGCGACCAGCGCUGCUGUGCUGCGGCGACGUCGCCUGGCUGCGAACGCGCGGGAGAGACGGCGAAUGCAGAACCUGAACAAGGCUUUCGACAGACUCCGAGGGCACCUACCUUCGCUGGGAGCUGAUCGCCAGCUCUCUAAGUACGAGACCCUGCAAAUGGCCCAGACCUACAUCGCGGCGUUGUACGAACUCCUACAGUAAUAGUGCAGUGUUCAAUUAGAUUUACAUGUACAUUGAAAACGAAGCCAAUUAGAGAU